UUUUAAGCUUGACAAUACCAAAAAUAAAGUUUGAAUCAUGUUUUCAUUAAUCCUUAAUAAACAAUAUUCGGCAAUAGACAAUAUGAGUCGUGUUGCAUAUUUCGGAAACAUUUUUCAUUCCCUUUCAUUUACUGAGUCUCAAACAAUUCUUAAUGGAUUUAUUGCAGUCGAAAGUGGCAAGAUUAUAGCGAUUGGCAGUAAGGCGGACUAUACAUCGUGGAGUUAUGAACAUAAAAAAUAUUUUGUGGAAGUUCAACUUUCAGAAAAUCAAUUUUUGAUGCCUGGAUUUAUUGAUACUCAUAUUCAUGCUCCUCAAGUCCCAAACAUUGGGUUAGGAUUAGACAAGCCUCUCAUGGAAUGGCUUAAUGCUUAUACUUUUCCCACUGAAACUGAAUUCAAAGAUAAAGUAUUUGCUAAGGCUGUGUAUGAGAAAGUAGUUCACAGAACGUUGAGUUGUGGAACAACUACUGCUUGUUAUUUUGCAACAAUUCAUAAGGCAUCUUCAGCUAUUUUAGCAGACGAAGCAUAUUCUCAAGGACAAAGAGCUUUGGUUGGAAAAGUUGCAAUGAAUCAAUACAGCCCUGAUCAUUACAUUGAAAAGUUGGAAGAUUCGAUCAAGGAUAAUGAAGAGUUUAUACAAUAUGUCAAAAGUCUUGAAUCUGAUCUGAUUACACCGAUAAUAACGCCUAGAUUUGCAAUCACAUGCAGCAUGGAAAUGAUGAAAAAGUUAGCAAAAUUAGCUUCAACUUAUGAUCUUCCUAUUCAGUCACACAUAUCGGAGAAUCUUGAUGAAAUUAAAUUUACUUUGGAUAUUUUUCCUGGUCAUAAAAGUUAUGCUGAAGUUUAUGAUACAGCUGGAUUAUUGACAAACAAAUGCAUCAUGGCACAUUGUGUCCAUCUUGAAGAUAGUGAAAUUGAGCUUUUUGCAAAGCGUAAAACUUCAGUUGCUCACUGUCCACAUUCCAAUACAAAUUUACGAUCUGGUCUGUGUGAUGUUAAGCGAUUAAUAAAUGGUGGUUUAAAAGUUGGUCUAGGAACCGACAUUUCUGGUGGCAAUAGAAUUAGUAUUCUUGAUUCCAUUAGAGCUGCACUCGAUGUUUCUCAUCAUUUGAAUUUUAUGAAAAAACAACAUGUUUUGGGAACAGGUCAAGUUUCUGUUAAUGAAGAAAAUUCUCAAUAUGAACCAAUUGAUUACAAGCAGGCUAUAUUUUUGGCUACACUUGGUGGUGCUCAAGCUUUAGCGAUGGAUGAUAAAACUGGAAAUUUCCAAAUCGGAAAAUCUUUUGAUGCUCUUAUAAUUGAUUCAUAUGUUGGAGCAGUUGAUGAUUUUGUGUUACCAAAGUCAUUGACUGAACAUUUAACAGCACUUGAGAAGUUUGAAAAACUUUUACAGAAAUUCAUUUAUACUGGCGACGACAGAAAUAUAAUUAAUGUAUUUGUAGACGGAAGACAAGUGAUAUAAUGUAUUUAAUUAAUCUAUGUUAUAAACUUAUUGUAAUAUGUGUACUAUCAAAGAGGUGAUUUUAAAUAAAGUGCCUUGGUUUUUAUUACAUUCUUUAAUUAACCAAAUAUAACUAAUGAUUCUGAAAUACAGUCACACAAGAAUUUUUUUAAAAAAAUGUUCCUUAAUUUGUAAAUACGUUAAUAAGUUUAAUUAAUUUUCAUCAUAAUUUCGUGGUCUUGGAAAUUCACUAAAUCCUUCUGACUCUGUAAUCAAUGCAUGUUCCAAAAUUACUCGACCCUCCUUGUAUCUCUGACUUUCUUCUGUUGCGAAUUCAUACAUCCAGCCCAACUUUGUCUUACAGUUCUUACACAUUACAUCUCGAACCAUAUGACGUCCUGUUAGCAUAACUCUAUCUUGAACAAUGCUAAAUGUGAGAUUCACGACUUUUUUGAAUAAAUAAGCCCUUCCUGUUGAU